UGUUCCUCCUGCGCUCUCCUCGGCUCGGGUUACAGUUGAGCUCGAGCUGCUGCACUCACCGGAGUGCGGAGAGUGCGUUACACGAUAAAAAAAAAGCAUAUACCGGCAUAGAAAUGUUGGCGAGCGGAUUUAGAGCCACCGAGCGGGCUGGUGAGCAGGUCUAAUCUCCCCUCUGCACUUUCUUUUUUGUGUCCGAGCGGCAGCAAACAAGAGGGAGACGUACAGUAUAUUUACGCACUGACCACGCAGCAUGCCCGAGUAGGACAAGAGGCUGCCCUUCUGGAGCGCAACACGCACGCGGAACGGCGCUGAGAGCCGGGAGGGAUAUUUACAAUAGAAACUCAAUUCCUCCGCGUAGAAGAAUAGCAGGUGGAGGGGGAGUGAAAGAUAACACUGGAAUGAAGUGGACCUCGGGAUUCCCAGCGUGCUGCGGAGUUGUGACUGAUGGAUGAAUGUGGUCAUCUGUAGGCUAUAUACAGCGACAGGUACAGACACCGUCAGGGGAGCUCUGACAAAGGCACGGCGCAGCCGCAUCGCCAAAAUUGUGUCUCCAAAAAACUGUGCGAUUGGCUAGAUCUGUUUCACCGCACAUCAGAUCGUAUCGCUGAGUUUUCUCCACAGAGCAAGAAGGUCGUGGAGGGCGGUUUUUGUCUCAGCCACAGGUCAACCAGGACACUCGGGGGCUGCUUUCCUUCCAGAUCCCUUGAAGAACCGGGGGCUUCUUAGCUCGUCCUGCGGACAGUUCAGUCAAGGACACGGGGGUCUGGAGCAGAUUUUAAGAAGUCGGAACAGAAGGACAUGUAUCUGAUAUCGACCUCACAUGCUCCCGACUGAUCGUAGCUCACCUUACCACCGGGCGAACCACAGAUAAAGGCUGCCAGGCGCACUGUCCGACCCUCUGAGUUAUCGGCUCACUGUCUGUACAUUUAUCAGAAUGGCGGGACUCGGUUGUUGGAAGUAUUAUCUCUGGAUCUUUAUUUUAAUGUGCAGGUCGGCGUUACCUUCGGCCAAAUCGCUGGAAACUAUAAUUUGGAGCUCGCAGAAUCUCAAGUUUCUGGCUGGAAAGGGCCUGGUGAUCUACCCAGACAUCGGAGACAAGCUGGACAUCAUCUGUCCCAAAGCAGACCAAGGCAGAGACUAUGAGUACUACAAGCUGUACCUGGUGAAGAGGGAGCAGGCGGAGAGCUGCAGUACAGUCCUCGAUCCUAAUGUCUUGGUCAACUGUAACAAGCCGGAGAAGGACAUCAAGUUCACCAUCAAAUUCCAGGAGUUCAGCCCAAACUACAUGGGCCUGGAGUUCAAGAGGAACGUCAACUACUACAUCACCUCAACCUCCAACGGUACAGUCGAGGGCCUGGAGAACCGGGAGGGAGGCGUGUGCAAGAGCCGAGCCAUGAAAGUCAUCAUGAAAGUCGGGCAAGUUCCAAACGCAGCGAACCCCGUGGCGCCGGAGGCUCCAGAAGACAACGCUAUACCGGAGUCCAGUCCCAGUCCGCCUGACCAGGGUCGGAUUGGACCCGAGAUGCCAGGAAACACCGACCACAUGAAUCAGGACCAGUCUGGUUCCUCGGCAAACUCGGAUGGCAUCCUCGGCUCCAAGGUAGCUGUGUUCUCCGCCAUCGGGGCUGGCUGCAUCAUCUUCCUCCUGCUCAUCCUCCUCCUCGUCAUCCUGCUCAUCAAGAUGCGCAAGCGCGCCAGAAAAAACGCCCACUCGCAGCCCCGCCCCUCAGCACUGUCACUCAGCACGCUGUCGAAUCCCAAGCUACCCGGGGGCACGGCUGGCACAGAGCCCAGUGACAUCAUCAUUCCGCUGCGGACAGAGAACAACUACUGCCCUCACUAUGAGAAGGUGAGCGGCGACUAUGGCCACCCCGUCUACAUUGUCCAGGAGAUGCCCCCGCAGAGCCCUGCCAACAUCUACUACAAAGUCUGACACGCUCCGCACAGCCAGCAACACAGUCAGAGAAAGAGAGGAGCGCUUGAUUUAUGUUCUUGGGAAGAACAUUUUCCUUUGCAUUUUGGGGACUUGAUGAUUCUUCAAGCCCGUGUUAUUUCUACCACCUGCUGCACAAAUCUGGAGAGACACGCACUGACCAGUAACCGGCGGGGUUGUGAACUGACUUAUGAGAGAGGUUUAUUCUGUUUGUUUUGGUUGUCUGACAAGCG